AUGGAGGUAGAAGAUGGAGAAUGGUCGAAGCUUAGCAUAUACAAAGCAGCAAGAACCAUUAAGAAAAGAGACAACAGUUUAUACAACGCACUUAGAUCUAUCUACCAAGACUCAGUUUUCGUCUCUGAAAUUUCUCAAUUAUGGCCUCAACUUCCUCUUCUCGCAAAUCUCCGUUGUGGUUUAUGGUACUCUUCGAAUUUUCAUUCAACGUGUUACUUCAAAUCCACCGAUGGUCACACCAACAACUGUUCUUUCUCAACUUCUCGUCUCAAUCUCCAUGUCGCUCAACUUGCAGCGCAGAAAGGUGGUUGCAUGGUUGUUGAUUCUACUAGAAGAGGAAAACGUUUCCCUGAUAGCAUGUCAAAAACUAUACCUAUUUGGACUUGUGUUCUUAAUCGUGCUAUUUCUCAAUUUAGAACAGAUUCUAAUAUUCAUGAGAAUGAUGCUGCAUUGCCACAAGAGGAUUGUAAUGGAUGUGGUGAGAUUGCAAGAGAUUGGGAUUGCUCUUUGCACCUUCCUCUUUGGGUUCCACAAACCGAAAAGGCUUCCAUUGAGGAGCACUUAGAGGAAUGGACGAAACAACUGAAAGCAAGUGGAGCUGACAUUGCUUCUCUUGCUGUUUCGGUGAAGAAACCGUUACGUCCGCUUUGGAUUUCUCAGAGAACUGUGAUCUGGUUAAAUGAAGUUCCUCAUCAUGAUUCUUGGGAUUUCACUCCCAUCAUACUUGUUUCAGCGUCUUCUUCGUCGAACGGAGUAAGCCAACACAAUAGGACUACUUCCGAGUUUAGCUGGAAUUAUAUACCUGGUGCCGGAGACGACGAAGAAAGUUGGUCUAGGGGUUUAACUCCGCCUCUCUUUUGGAAUCAUGUUUAUGAUCUUAUAAAUUCAGGUCCGGAAAUGUGCAACCAGAAGGUUGCUGAUAUAGUUGAAAAGAGUAGAGUGCGGCGUGCUUAUAGAGGAGAGAAUGCUCCUCAGAUUAGAGUUAAAUCACUUUCACAUGAAGAACCGUCACUGGCUUCUGAUAUUUCAAAUAUUGAAGUUGACGCGAACGAGUCUUGUGAUGAUUUUGAAGUUUCUUGGUUGGGUUCAACUAAUCUGGCAGUUGGUGCAUCUCAAUUCGCUAUAGAUGCAGCUGAUGUUGAUUGUAUAUUGAACUGUGAUAGUGAGUCCAUAUCGGUUUCUCUUCCCAGUACUGAUGCGUAUCUACAUCUUCCGAUGGUGAGUUCAAAGUUUGAUCGAUUUUCCAUAUUCAACAAUCUUUCUAAAGCCGUGAGCUUCGCAAAGUUCAACCUUAGCCAAGGAAAACGACUUCUCGUUUGUUGUAAUAAUGGGGAAGAUAUUAGUGUAUGUGUUUGUUUAGCAAUUUUGAUGUCAUUAUUUGAUGAAAAAGGUACUUUUGACGAUGGGGAAUCCUUCAAUAUAAUACAUGUUUCUAAAUGGGAUAUGAGGCGACGACUUGUAUUUGUCUGUAAAUUUGCAACAAAUGCUCGACCGUCCAGAGGAAAUUUGAGGCAAGUUUUUAACUUUCUUAUGGGUGGAAAAUGCAUUCUUCAACCUCAGGAGGACGAUGGGAGUGAUGAGUGA